AUGGAGAACUAUGAAAGUCUUGGCACGAUCGGUGAAGGAACAUACGGCGUGGUGCUCAAAUGUCGGCACAAAGUCACAGGUCAAAUCGUCGCUAUCAAAAAGUUUAAGGAGUCUGACGACGAUGAGCUUGUGAAGAAGACUGCUCUUCGAGAGAUUAAAAUUCUUAAACAGCUCAGACACGAAAAUAUUGUGAAUUUACUUGAAUUCUUUCGAUUAAAAGGCAAACUUUAUCUGGUCUUUGAGUUCGUGGAAAAGACGAUUCUUGAAGAGAUUGAACGACAUCCAGACGGAUUGGACCCCUUUACACUCAAAAAGCUCAUGUGGCAACUUGUUCGAGCCAUCACAUUCUGUCAUCAACAUAAUAUAAUCCACCGUGACAUCAAACCGGAGAACUUGCUUGUAUCUCGGAACGGAGUGCUCAAACUUUGUGACUUUGGGUUCGCACGGCCCCUAGCAUCAGUUGGAGCGAAGUACACUGAAUACGUUUCGACAAGAUGGUAUCGUGCCCCGGAACUUUUGGUUGGAGACGUUUCUUAUGGCAAAGCUGUCGACGUUUGGUCUAUUGGUUGUAUGUUUGCAGAAAUUGCCACUGGAUUGCCUCUUUUUCCAGGAGACUCGGAUAUUGAUCAAUUGUCCCAAAUUAUUCGCUGCCUUGGGCACAUUACGUCAAGACAGCAAGACCUCUUUCGGAAGAAUGAACUUUACGUGGGUGUGAAACUUCCGCAAGCCAAUGACCUCGAACCUCUUGAAGCACGUUUUCCAACAAUGGACAAAGUCUCACUUGAUUUUGUUCGACGAACGAUUGUUGAUGAACCGCUCGACCGCUGGACGUGUGUUGAGCUACUUAAACAUCCAUUUUUCGGGAGUUCACAUGAAACGUUUGAGAGAGAGCUACAAGAAGCAAUUGCACGCGAUCUCAGUGACACAGCGGCAGUGAGAAAGAAGCGAGCACGUCAACCAUCACGUGGAAAAAACGUUGCUGGUUCCGUGCUGCUUGUGUCACCUAAUUCAACUGGCUCAAUGGAUAAGACAGUAAACGUUGGAUUGAGCAAUUCUAUUGAAAAGUACGUUGAAUCUAGGAAAGAGGAGACAAAAUUGACGAUUGGAAGCAAAGGUCAGGUAGUGCCAUCAAUGACUCCGCUAAGUCUCGAAAAUGAUGCGUUUCAUUUGCCAGCUCUACAAGGCAUGAUAAACAUGUCAUAUAAUACAAAUUCCACAGCAAGCAGUACAUCGACAGCACUUCAUGUUGCGACAUCAAGUUGUGGAUCUACGGGUCAUAUUAGUCCACUAUUACAUCGAAAUAAGAAGCUAUUUGUACCUCCUUCGAUUCUUGAGACUAAAACCUUCGGAUCAUCAGUACGAACUAAGCCUUUGACAUACAUCACUUCACACGAAAAAGAUCGAAGCGCAGUAGUCACUUAUGGUGGUCAUCUUGCAGAAGCUGGUGAUAUUGCUAUUUAUCCGUAUACGAGUACGUCGCCGAGUACUUUGUCGAACUCCAAAAGUUCGCACGGAAGUCGACAAAAUUUGUUUAAACCAGGAAGUGACAAGACUGGUAGCGUCCAUAGUGUGGGCCUUACUCAAACAAUACCAAAAGACUUGCACUCAUCGAAGAAAGUGGCAAAAAAGUUGAAUCAUUCUUUUGGACAUGACACAGGAUGGAAUGGCUUGAGAAAAGGAUCGUGUACCAACAGCAGGGAUAAGUUGAUGCCGAGGGCUACACCACCCCAAUUAAGGCUACACGUACCACCUCGAACGUCUCCACUUCAAGCCACAACAAUACAGAAAGAAAUCCAGCGAUUGCUCGAGAGAGGAACUAGCAAUGACGCCAUACUGGACGAUAGUGAUAGUGAUGAUGAUGAAUUGUUAUCCAAGCACAAACAUGCCAGGAAAGCAGUGAACAAACGGCCAAGAAUACCAAUCGCUGAAAAGAACUCGAUUCUAUCGUUUCUACCGCCACCUAAGCACGAAGUGUCAGUCAAUUCUUGUGACUCUAUAUUGAUAAAAAAGAAGGAUGAAGGAAAGUCAGAAAAGACUAAAGAAGCUGAAACAAAUCACGAGUCAGUAGACGAGAAUGCGAGCCAUGCUGCAGCUUGGCAACAGAGUUAUCUCCAACAACAACAGUAUGAUACUAGCACUGGUGCUACGUCCCUCGACUACAAUUGCGUAGCACAAGGAGAAGAAGAUGUUCCAGGAGAUAGCUCAAAACGCAAGAGAACUCGAGAACGUGAAAUUGAAAGAGCUUUACAACAGGGUCACUUUGAGAUCUUGGCAGACCAGAUAACAGAAGUCCGAGGUCCAAUUCCCAAUGCAUGGCAACCACCGGAUGGAAUGGAUGGAACCAGAAGUGAAGAGGUGAAGGUCAACGCAAGUUUUUGGAAUGCUAAAGUCGGUGCAAACGUCUCAUCGAUUAAACCCACUCGAAUGCAAAGACAAAAACAUCAAUUGAAUCAAUUAGCAUUUGAUGCUAAGGUACGUGAUUUUGAAUUGCUGGAAAAACGCGGUGCAGCUCUUAAAACAAAGAGAGAAACAUACGCAAAGUAUGGAUGGUAA